AUGGAGAACGGAUCGUCUCCCCUACGGCUACCUAUUACGCAGCUUCGGCCACUGCAUACCUACCAACAAUCUCAUCAAUCAUCUGAUGGAGAGACAAUCCAUUGGACUAGCUCAUUUGAGCCGAGACCAGAUGGGAAGACUGCCGUACAAACAUUUGUGAAGCUGGCAUCGCAACUCAUUGUCCUUGAUGAGGGAGAGAGCUUCUGCAUACAAGAUUCCAGAAACGGUGGAUACAUUCUAGCCCGUUCAACUCCUACAAAGGAUAUCGAAAUUGAUGAUACGGCCAAAUCUGAUGAUGGUCAGGGUAUUCCUACCGACUUUUCUAUAGGCGAUGGAAAGGCCUUGCAGCUUCACAUCGAAGCAAAUGGUCAAGUUCAUCUGAAAGCCAAGUCGAAUGUGAUCCAAGAAGCAGCUCUCAAGGCACUGGGAAGCAUGUUUGACAGCAUUAUUGGAGACUCUGAGUGGUCUCAACCUUCUGUACUCAACUUUCCACCCAAGGCGAGGCCCAUGGGCCUUCCUCGCCAAGAUUCAAAUCCUUCUCAAAACGAAGAGAACAAGACGACUCUUCUACACCACUGGUUCGAGCAGCGUGUGGUCGAGAGUCCUGAGAGUACCGCAAUCGACUACCUCAGCAGUUUUGAAGAUGGCAGCAGAGCUCAGUUCACCUACCGACAAGUUUCCAAUGUUGCAACAGCGUUGGCUGCUAAGCUGGCAGAAACUUGUGCUCAAUCAUCUCAAUCUUUCAAGACGGUUGCAGUUCUCAUGGGCCCUUGCCCAGAACUUUACAUAUCUUAUCUGGCAGCUUCGAAGUCAGGAGCGGCUUUCUGCCCCCUUCCCGUGGAUGCACCUCAGGAGAGGAAGGAGGCACUAAUGAAGGACUUGCAACCAUCAGUCAUCUUGACUCUCUCGUCUCUCAUGUCCACGGACUCGUGGUUGGCUUCACCAGGUUCAUCUUCACAAAUCGUCGAUGUCACUCCUUUCCUCUCUUCCAGCGACAUCGAACCAACAAACCAUCCAUCUCCAUCAGUCACUCAAGAUGACAUCGCCUACAUCCUCUAUACAUCAGGAACAACCGGCCUUCCCAAAGGUGUAGCCGUUAGCCAUCUCUCCGCCUCAUGUACAAUCUCUUCUCUAAGCGCUCACUACAACUUUACUCUUCCGCCACCUGGAACCAAACCUGUCCGAUGGUUCCAAGGCGCAGCACCAACAUUUGAUAUCUCACUCUUCGAGAUCUUCUGGACUUUGAGUAGUGGCUCUACUCUCUGCUGCGCACCUCGACAUCUAACACUUCAAGACAUUGACAAGGUCGUCACAACUUUGGAGGCUGACAUCACUAAUAUCACACCCAGCUUCGCUAGUCUUCUGGACCCAAAGUCCAUCAAGGGGCUGAUGGUUGGUGGUGAGACUUUAAAUGCGAGACUUCUGCAGGAUUUCGCGCCACAUAAUCCUUCAGGAAAUGAGGAGAGUUCUCAUGCGCCAAGAGGUAUCUUCAACGGGUAUGGACCUACGGAGACGGCGAUCUAUUGCAUUGCGCAAGCGCAUGUGCCAGAAGGUCAGCGGGGUUCCGUCAUUGGAACACCGUUGGCAACUUGCGGAGCUCUAAUCGUGGAUAAGUCGCAAUCUGGUCUGGAGCCCGUUCCAAUGGGCGCCGUCGGAGAACUCGUCAUCAUAGGUCCUCAAGUGAGCAAGCUCGGCUACCUCAACCGCCCCGACGAGACAGCAUCUGCAUUCAUUGAUCAUCCACAGUGGGGCCGAGCGUACAAGACCGGCGACAGGGCAAGAAUCGUCUUUGAUCCCGCAGGUUCACCUGUCAUUGAGUUCCUGGGCAGAAUAUCGGAUGACCAGGUUAAACUCAGUGGGCGACGAGUCGAGCUCGGUGAGAUUGAGAGCGUCAUCGCUAGCAAGGUUGACGGUGUGAGAGAGACUUUGGCUUGUGUCUGGAAACAAGGUGUUGAGGCCGGCUCAGAGAAGAUAGUCAGUCUUGUUGUUGUUGAGCAAAGAUCUGGGGUGAACUUUGACGAAGCCCACAAGAGGGUCUUGGAAGUUGAUGAGCUUCCCAGAUCUGCUUCAGGAAAGGCAGAUCGAAGGGCCGCUUUACGAAUUGUCGAUGAGAUAUUGGGAAAAGACAUUGGUCUUCAGCAGAGCUCUACGGCUGGGGAUCCAGCGCAUGAUGUCGAAACUCUGAGUAGCCCCGAGGAUGCGAAGCUGGAAGAAGAGAUUAUUACAAUCGUUCAGAAUGUUAUCAGCGAUGGUUCUACCACUACCAAGUCUGUCUCGCCUGCUACUGUUCUCGCAGAUGCUGGAAUUGACAGUCUUCAAGCAAUGCGCAUCUUGAGAGACAUACGGAAGCUUUUACCUGACGCCAAUACUCUGCCAGCUCAUUCCCGCGCAAGACUUCAGCCAUCACUUGCUCUACUGCUUGACUCAAGCACCACUAUACGUUCGGCUUUCUUCCCCAGUGCGCAGGAUCUGGAGGCACCUAGUGCGCUCACCAGCAAAGAGGCCGGCGCCCGAGCCGAUCUUGAAGCGUUCUCCGCCAAGCACUUACCUGAGGCCGUCAGCAAGCUGAACCUGAAGGAUUCCGACAUCGAAAUGGUACUCCCUGCGACUAGCACGCAGAGUCAAUUGGCUGUCAGCUUCGCCAUGGACAAGCGAAACUACAUCAGCCAUACUGUUCUACGACUUAAGCCCAAUACCUCCACCUCUGCUAUGAAGCAUGCUGUCGAGGCUGUACUUUCUAGGCAGGCCAUCUACCGUUGCGCAAUGCUUCCUUGUGAUGAUGAUCUGUCGCCGUUCAUUCAAGCUAUCUUGAAGCCCGAUGCCUGGGUUCAAUUGGUCGGAGGAUCGAAUGUCGUCUUGCGCGAGGGAGACACCUCUGGCGACGCGCAGGUGUGGCUUGACUUGGCUGAAGGCGAUCUUAAUCUCGAGUCUUACAAACUGUAUCAAGUUCAAAUCGUCAAACCUGAGGCCUCAGACAGCAGUGGUCUUCUGAUCAUUAGCGCAGCGCACUGCAUUUGCGAUGGCCCGUCUCUCGAGGUGUUGAUGAGCGACAUCGCCAGACAAUACGCUGGAUUGGAACCCCUCCCCCGACAGGGCAUCUACGAGGCUGUCUCUGAAUGGGCAUCGAAUGUCAGUACAAACACAGAUCAGCUUUGGCAGAAGGCUCUCGAAGGUUGGGAGACCGAACCACUUGGCGCCAUUAGCGGCAACAACGUCAAACCACCAGUGCCAGGUGCCCGUCAACACGCCAUGGUCCAGCACGCCAGCAACAUUCCUUGGCAAUCUCUCGAGUCCAGGAGUCGAGCGUUGGGUGCAUCGCCACUCACUGUGCUCCAAGCGUCCUGGGCGAUGCUCUUGCAUAUCCUGUCGGAGGCAGACACUGAUGAUGUGACCUUCGGAAGUGUCCUUUCCGGCCAUGAUCAAUUCAUCCACGCGCCUACUUUCUCUGUUGUUCCAUGUCGCGUCGCAUUACCCGAGUCGCAAACAUUACGCCAGCUCAUCGGCAGUCUGAUGGACCAUUCGCGAUUUGCUCAAGGCCACAGACACACUUCCUUCGGUGUCUUCAAGACUCUUCCCUAUAACACGGCUCUUGCUCUCCAAGCGUACCCUUCAUCUGAUGAUAGCAAGGAUGAGGCUACUCUUUGGACAGAGGUCUCGAACCCUGCUAUUCGUUACGACUUUGCCAUGUUCGCUGAGGUCUUCCCCACAAACCCAAACUCUGCGGAUCGGAAUGGCAGGUUUGAUGAAGUCUUCUUCAAGGUGACUUAUCGCGACGAGACAUUCUCGGAGACUUCUGCAGCGUGUAUCGUGAAGCAGUUCGCGGCGCUUACCCAAGUUUUGCUUUCUUCUGUUCCUGAUGACCUGGUGCAAAGUCUACCAGCGCGCAUUGAACGAAGCCUGUUGUCUGCAGAAGGAAGCAUCCCAACGCAGCCUGAGUGGGAGACAAUGGAUGAAGAGACUCGAGAAGUCCAAAGCAGGACCCAAGUCUUGCAUGCUCAAUUCGAAGAUCAAGCUAUUACCACUCCAGAUCUCCAGGCCCUAAGCUUUUACCCGUCGCUCGAUGCUCCUCCGAUCACUCUGAGCUACGCUGAGCUUGACGCCCGCGCCAAUGGCCUAGCCAACGUUCUUCACGAACAAGACAUCGACAUCAUCCCCAUUUGCAUGGAGCGUAGCGUUGAGCUUUACGUAUCGAUCUUGGCUAUUCUGAAGGCAGGCUCUGCAUGGACUCCGAUUGACACAACGUCUCCUGUUCAGCGUCGCACUUCUCUUAUCGCUAGAGCGCAGAGCAAGGUGCUUCUUACUAACACUGAGUCCCUUCCUCUCGUUGAACCUUGCCUUGCCCAGGAUGCGCUCAAGGAUGUGCAAGUCAUUCUUGUGGACAAAUACAUGGACCAAAAGACGUCCGUCCGAGCCAGGCCACGCGACAGCAUUUCUUCGCGCAAGGUCAGUGGCGAAGAUCUUGCCUAUUUACUUUGGACAUCAGGAACUACUGGAGAGCCCAAGGGUGUGAUGAUCCAGCACAGCGCCGCUGCCUACGCCAUGCGCGACCUUCAAGUCCAGGUCGAACACGAUGAUCGCGAGCAAGUCCGCACCCUCCAACUGUCGGCCUACAGCUUCGAUGUCUUUGUACAGGACCUCUUCUACACGUGGGGAUUGGCGGGCAGUGUCAUCAGUGGCACAAGGGAGCUUGUACUCGGCACCUUCACAGAAUUUAUCUGGAAGUCUCGCCCAACGCACGCACACUUGACACCUUCCUUUGGUGCAAGCAUUGCUGUGCAGGAGCUCAAGGGCUCAACUCUGCAAUACGUUACGUUCAUUGGCGAGAAGCUUACUGAAGACGUCGCUGAAGCAUGGGCGGCGCCUGAGAUCACUACACGUGCGUGGAACACGUAUGGUCCUGCUGAGAACGCCGUUGUCUCGACCAUGAGGCGCUUUUAUGGCAAGAGUCGAGACGAUGCGAAGGCUGCCAAUGUCGGUCUCCCUCUCACUCCCUGCACAGCGUAUGUGAUGCGCGAAGUCGAGACUGCCCAAGGAACAAAGCGGUGGGAGCUUGUCCCUCGUUAUGGUGUUGGCGAGCUGGCUCUGGGCGGUGCGCAAGUCGCCAAGGGAUAUCUUGCGAACGAAGCCAAGACGAAGAAGGCUUUUAUCGCAGGCGGUCCUAGUAUUGACGAGCGUAUUUACCUGACUGGCGAUCUUGUCCGAUUGAAUGACCACGGCUUCGAAUUCCUCGGCCGCAACGACGAUCUUGUCAAGAUCACUGGUAUCCGCAUCGAAUUGAGCGAGAUCAGCGCUGCUUGUGCAAGCCUGAAGGACGAUGAUGCGGCGAUUGAGCAUGUCGAGACGCUAUACCUUCAGCGACCAGGCGCUCCCGCGGAGAACAAUAACAAGGUCGUCGUCACGUUCGUGUCUGUCAAGGCCGAUGGUGUCGAUACUGGGAAGAUCAGAACACAAGUCUUCAAGCGAGCGAAGGAUCUUCUACCUUCCUACAUGGUACCCGGACACGUGGUCGUCCUCGACACAACUAUGCCUAGAACAGCGUCUAACAAGGUUGACCGCAAGGCGUUGCAAGCCAUUUACGCCCAGUCUGAUCUCAACGUGCUGGCUGGUAGGGAUGACUCUGCCGUCUCGCAAGGCACGGCUCAGCCGAAGCAGCAGUGGACAAAUGAUCAGCUUCCCAUUCUCCAAACAAUCGCUUCCAACUUCAAUAUCCCUGUUGAGAGCCUAUCUCCCGAGGAUAGCCUGGCAGGUCUUGGAUUGAGCUCGCUGCAGGUGACUAAGUUGGCUUGGCUUCUGCGACGAGAACUUCAGUGUCAGGUCGGUGUACUCGAUCUCAUGAGAUGCGAGUCACUAGGCGAGCUAGUCGACGUCACUUUAAGUCGCAUGCCAAAGCAGGCCGAAGCUCAGAAGACUAAUGAAGCAGAGCCUACCGAGAGCGCAUGGAUUACGACGAUCAAGGACGCGCUCACUACACACAUCCAAGGCGAGCUGCGACCAAGCGACACGACUACCAUCCUACCCGCCACGCCGAUGCAGGAGUCUCUCAUCGUUGAGACUAUGCUCGAACCACAAGCUUAUUGGGCUCACCGCGUGUUCGACUUGAGUCACUUGGAUGAAGUUGACGCUCGCCAAUUGAAAAGAGCCUGGACUGCAGCUGCUAAACGCUUCGACAUCCUUCGCACCAUUUUCGUUCCUCUAACGCAGCUCGAGGUUGAGGGAAGCACCAACACUGUCGUGUGGGCAAAGGAGAAGGGCGUACAGUCUACUAUUCUUCAACUCAUUCGUGAGAAGCCGAUUGUUCGCUGGACCCAGCUUCCUAGCGAGGGCGACCGAAGCCUUGGGGAUGUGGCUAGGUCGCUGCAGUCCGAAUUGUCCCCCACGACAACCAUCGAACCACCUUGGGCUGUGACCUUCGUCGAAGACUCCAACAAGAUGAUGCUUAGCAUGCACCACGCUCUCUAUGACGCGGUCGCAUCCGAAGUCUUUCUUGAGACUGUCACCAAGUUCUACAACAUGGAGCCUGUGACUGACGAAGUUGCGCAAUUUGACAAGGGCCUCGAGCUGGGUUUACUGCCUCCUCCUACUAAGAGAGAUGAAGCGGCUGCCUUAUGGAACCGGCGGAUGGACGAGAUCAGUAAGACGGUCGCUGGAGGCAUGUUGAAUGCGCCUUUCCCCGACUUGACGCAAUCGCGUCAGAAGCAGGUACAGAAGAUCCUUUUAGCUAAGCAGAGUCUUCCUGUAUCGCUCUCUUUAUCUGAUACGACUGUCUCGCUUCCGGCUCUGCUGCAAUCCGCGUUUGGCUGCGUUCUGGCGUCGUACUUGGAGCUGGAGUCAAUCGUCCUUGGCCACACUGUCUCUCAGAGAGCUCUACACCCAGACCUUGAACGCGUCGUUGGUCCCGCUAUUGCAACUCUGCCUCUCAUAGUUCGCUCCAAUGCCUCUUCUGCCGAAGAGCUGUGGAAGGAAAUGGCGCGCGACUCAGCGCAAUUGUUCAAGACUACGCACAACCUUCAUCCUGUUGAUGUGAAGAAGAUGCUCAAUCGGGGAAGCGGAAGUAGUAACGCUCCCUUCCCAGGUCUGUUUGUCUACCAUCCAGCUUCCGAGGACGAAGGUAGUCUUUCACACGAAUUGUUCAAUGAAGUGGGACAAGCCCUUUCGCUUAACGUUGAGCACCCUCUUGCAUUGAACAUCUUUGAGGGUAGCAAGACAAUUGAACUGACUGGCGAUGGACGCCGCAUCUCGCAACCACAGCUGGAGCUCUUGCUGAACCAGAUCCUAGAGCAGGCGCGGGUAAUGGCUGAAGCGCCUGCCACACCUUUGUCUCAGCUGCAGAACAGCAUGAGAAGUAGCCUUCUGUCGAUCAGCGGAGAGGCUGCCGAAAGCGAGAAGGCUCAAGCAAAUCCGACCGACAGCGUCGCUUUGUAUGCCUCUCAGCACCCAGACUGGAUCGCAGCCGAGGAGGUCAUCUUCCACUCCACCGGUGACGACGAGCAGGUCGUCUCCAAGACUGUCACGUAUUCGCAGCUAGACAAGCUUACCAACGCCAUCGUCGCCAUGCUUGCGCAGCAUGAAGCCAAUCUGCAACCCGACGAUCCGGCAGCGAUGUGUUUGGGCAGAGAUAUAAAGUCUCUUGCGGUCACUCUAGCCAUCUUCCGUGCUGGCCUCAUCUAUCUUCCCGUAGACGAAGACCUGCCGUCUGCUCGCAAACAGCUCCUCAUCCGGGACGCUGGUGCUAAACUAGUGAUCACCACUGGGGAGCUUGUCAAUGACCUCGGCCUCGACGCUGCAAACGAUGCCCCAGUAGUACUGCUCCCCGACGGGGAGGGAGAUGUUGACAACAUGCUAUCUUGGCCUGCAUCUGAGCAUCGCUUCGACAGUGGCGACGGAGGCUAUCUUCUCUACACCUCCGGCUCUACAGGUCGACCCAAGGGCGUUCGAGUCUCCAAUAGCAACCUGUGUCACUUCAUCUCUGCUUUUAGCGACCGUCUAAUUGAACACUCGCCCGCAACCGCGAAACUCGGCGGUGUCGGCAAAUACCUCAAUCUCACCUCUCGGGCCUUCGAUCCUCAUCUCACUCAGCUCUUCGUGCCUUGGCAUUUGGGCCAUCGAGUCGUCAUCGGCAAGGACCGUACAUCCAUGAUGGCGAAUCUGAAAGAGCUCAUCAACGAGUUUAGCAUAACUCACUUUGGCUCAGUCCCUUCUGUCUUGACUCAAUUGCGAUUGGCACCUGAGGAUGUUCCUUCCGUACGAGUGGUGACAACCGGUGGCGAGAAGGCUUCGAAUGAGCUGUUGAACACCUGGGCGCAAGAUUCCCACAACGGAGAAGACAAGGCUGUCCUCUUCAACUUCUAUGGUCCAACCGAAGUUACAAUUGGUUGUCUAGGUCAUCCCGUCAAUCGCGACUCCAAUGCACGUAACCUUGGCCUUCCUCUCAAUGGCCUUGAAGCUCUUCUUCUCUGCCCCAGCUCCACUUCUGAUGAGCUCGUGGUCGCCAGAAGAGGGCAACCAGGUGAGCUUUGCAUUGCUGGCCCGCAAGUCGCAAUGGGCUACCUCAAUCGCCCGACCGAACAAGCCAAGAGCUUCCAGACUAUCACGAUCCUCGGUAGCACCAAGAGAGUCUACAGAACUGGUGAUAUGAUGCGCAUGAUGAACGACGGUUCACUUGAGUUCUUGGGUAGAGCGGAUCAACAGACCAAGAUUCGUGGCCAACGACUUGAGUUAGACGAGGUUGUGGGAUUCCUGAAGCAGGUCGCUGGUGACAAGGAAGGCCUGGACUUUGCUGCUGCGGUCGCGUCAAGCGGGGAAGGGUCAAGUCAACAGCAACAAUUGCUGGGCUUUGUCGCGAGGAAAGCGAGCGGCCCUAAGGCCCAAGGCGAUCUGGAAGUCGAGUUGCUGGAUGCCCAGGAUCACGAAUCUACUUCACUAUUGGAGUUGAUCGAGCGAGAAUGCCAGGCCAAGCUUCCCACAUUUAUGGUACCUACUAUGGUCUGGGUCACCAAGAUUCCUUACUUGGCGGCCUCUGGCAAGGUCGACACCAAGCUGUUAGGGCGGUUGGCAAGCGACUUCGUGGCUAAGCAGCAAGACCAGGACGGUGACGCUGGUGCCGAAAUCAGCUCUGGAGGUAGCCUGAGUCCAGAAGAGGUCCUCGUCGUCUCUGCGAUUGAGGAGGCCGUGGGCGUCAAUGUCAAGGCUACUUCAAUCAGCAGCAUUCACCGUUUGGGCAUCGAUAGUCUCUCUGCUGUAAAUCUUGUUUCGCUUCUCAGAAAGCGAGGCUUCUCCCAGCUCAAGAUGACGCACAUUCUCAAUCCUUCAUUUACGGUCGGGGACAUUGCCAGACUUGCUGACCAAGCUAUAUCGACAACUAACAGUACCCCUCUUUCGACGCCGCCCUCGACAGAUGACCACCAGGAUUUGCUACACGAUGCGAAGACAUUUACAGCGACUGACCUUGGGCCUCUUCCAGAUGGCCUCGAUAUGAACAAUAUUGAGACUGUGCUACCAUGUCUUCCUCUUCAAUCUGCGCUCAUCGCUCGCUCAUCGGUAUGGCUGAGCGCUUAUGGUGGCGGCGCGGAGGGACAUGACGUUCCUUAUGUCGCGCAGUUCAAUUACCAUCUGAGUCGCGAUACCGACGUUGGAAAGUGGAAGAAAGCUGCCAAGCACGUCAUGGCUUCUGAAGCAAUGUUGAGGACAUGCUUCAUUCAGCGAGAUGAAGAUGGUCAGGUGUUCCAGGUGGUGCUUCGAUCGCCGACUUUCUCCCCGAUGCAAGAUGCUCAUCCAGCCGACAUCGUAGCUGGGAUGAACGUGCAGCCUCCCGUCCGCCUGGUCAUCACGGAGAGUUCAGACGAAUUGACUGUGUCUCUCAAGAUCCACCAUGCACUCUUCGAUGGUGUCGCCAUUAAAUCGCUAAAGCACAAGCUCGAACAAGCCUACAAUACUCAGGUCGACUCAGCUUCCACAAACAACAGUAGCCUGGCUAUCCAUUCAAACAUUUCUCGCCACUGUUACCUGACCAGUGGUCAGCUGGAAGCCACCAAGGAUUCCUGGCAGGCUCAAUUGCGCAACGUUCAGCCAUGCCGCGUCGGCAGUAUUGAUGACAACAACACGGACGGUUCAAUGGCUCGUUCAACUCUUCGUCUUGGCUACACCACUUCUGAGCUCAAUGCUAAACUCAAGUCCAUGUCGGGCGCUGCGAUAUCGACGUCUUCAGCAUUCCAGCUGGCGACCAGCCUGUGCCUGGCUCAAUUGACACAAAGCCCUUCUGUUAUCUACGGCUUCAUCAUGUCACUUCGGCCACUGCUCGACCACGUAGCCGAAGGCGUUGAUAGCUUCGUCGGUCCAUGCCUCAAUACCCUUAUCCGCACUUUGACCCUUCAUGGACAAGACGAGACUCUACCUCAACUUGCCGAAAGAGUGCACGAGGCUCAUCUCGCUGUGUCUCAAGGCACUAUGCCACUAGUCAGCGUCGACAAGGUUCAGCGAUGGUCUGGAUCAGAAGAUAAGUUGUUCGACAGCCUUCUCAGCAUCAACGUUAUUCCAGCAUCUGAGGCUGGCGACGAGUUUCGACCCGGGCACAUGACUGCUCUGCCUACUCGUAGCAGUAGCGACAUGGCUCUAGCCAUUGAUGUCGACCUUCACUCCGAUGGCGAGAUCAUCCUGACUCUUUCUUCUGCAGGCGUUUUGAAUGAGAAGCAAUUGACCGAAGUCGGCCAGUUGUUUGAGAAGGUGGUGUACAGCUGUGCUGACACUGCCGUCAAGGUGUCAGACAUUGUACCUGGGCUUCCUUCUGCCAGUGCGACUUUGCCGGGUCACCUUCACACUGAGAGCCACAACGUUGACCAAGUCACAACUGACAAAGGAUACAAGAAGGCUCUUUCUGAGGUACAAACCACCAUCAGCCGACUCCUCCGUCUCAAUGCUUCCGAAGUAUCCUCCAAACCGGAAUCUACUUCUUUGUACCAGCUCGGACUCGAUUCCAUCACGGUACUGCCAUUCGUCAAACAGAUCAACAAGACAAACAAGACCAAGCUUUCAUCACAUGCCGUCAUCAAGGCUCGUACCAUCAAGGGUGUCGCUGAGCUUCUGCGAGACGCCCUAGCCAAGCAGACUACAACCACCAAUGGCACCCAAGCAUCAAAGACUGAUGUUGGCGCCAUUAGCGACGAGGAUGUCUACGACAGAACCCUCAAUAGCCUCGCUAAGGAUCUCAUGUUUGUCGCAACACCUCUGCAAGAGGGCAUGCUCAGUGCAUCACUCGCCACAGGCGACGCCUAUACCUAUGUCCACGCCAUUCAAUUGACCGACCAUGCUCUUCAAUCCGACACCCCAAAUCUUGACAAGUUUUUCGCUGCGGUCAAAGAUACGGUACGGUCAUGUGAAAUCUUGAGAACUCGCUUCAUGUUCACUGAAGACGAUGAGUCUCCAUGGGUCGGCAUUGUUUCGCCCACUGACCAAAGCGACCUUGUUAGCUGGAAGGUCAAGGCAACGACGCCUGGCAGGAUUGAUCUACGCAUUCAUCACGCGCUUUAUGAUGCGACAUCCAUUCAGGCAGUCUGGCAGAUUUUACGCAACAAUUACCGUCGACAUCUUGAGGGUGGUGUAGCCGAUGCGACGGACAGUUUGAAGCAUCUGUUCAGACCUUUCGCUAAGACUGUCGCCUCGUCGCAACGAGCAUCAAUCGCGUAUUGGACCGACGUUGUUCGUAAUUACACCUACAGGCCGAUUGAGUUCCCGGUCGAUGAGCUCAAAGCAUCCUCUGCCUUCCAUUUCUCUUUGAGCGAGCAUGACCUGUCUCUUCUGCAGUACAAGUGCAAAAAGCUUGGUGUGACAGUCAAAGCAGCGCUUCAAUUGGCAUGGGUCAAGGUCCUCUCCGAGUCGCUCUACCAUCAAGCGGAUGUUGUAUACGGAGAAGUCGUGUCCACCGAUGCAGAUGACGACGUUGCUAUCGUCGGACCUACUAUCAACACUCUACCUAUGAGAGUCAGGUUCGGAACUUCAAUUGAGGCUGCCACCGUCUCGCAGGCUCUAGGUCUCGUGCAGAAGCAGAUUGACUCUGCGAGAGGCACCAACUCCAUGGCGUCUUUGAGGAAGGUACAAACGCAAUGGCGAUCAACUCAACAAGACAAUACCCUGGCGAGUCUGUUCCAGAGUCUCUUCGUGUUUGACGGUGUGCUCGGUGCCUCAAACGCGACCGACAAUUCGGAAGCGCUCUUCGGUCCAGUAGACGCCGACGCGACGGACUCAACUGGACCGGCCUACGACGAUUACCCUCUGAUUGCCAGCUUCCAUAUCAGAGACAAUAAACUGAACGGAAAGCUGAGAGCUAAGAUGUCGAUGGAGGAUGUCAAUGUCGCGGGUGAACAGCUGGUCGCCGCGUUGAACCACGUACUUCACGGUUCUGAUUCCCCAGUGAUUGACACGAAGCAGCUUCUGGUGGCCAAUGAGGCUGUGUCUAAGUCACGAAACGACCCGGUCGAGUCUGCAGAGCUGAACGGGUUGACCCCGAAGGCUGACUUAGUACUGAACGUUGUCGAGAAGGUCAUCGGUUCGAGACGCGGAUCUAAGAAGAUCGGUUACGACACCCGAUUGAUCAGUGCCGGUCUUGACUCGAUCCUAGCCAUUCGCCUAUCGAAGCUUUUGAAGGAUCAGGUUGGAUUGAGUGUUAGUGUGUUUGAGAUUAUGAAGGGAGCUACUGUUCGGGAUAUUGUUACACGGGCUUCAUCGAACAAGACUGUGAAGAAGGAUCCGGUGCAGAAGCAGUUGGUGGUGGAUGACGGACUCAUUCCAGCGAUGGCCAAGAGUCUUGACUUAUCAGAGAGUUGCAUUCAGUACGUUCUGCCUGCCCUCUCUGGUCAACGAUCUCAUUUGGAGCAGUGGGUGCACAAUGGGAAGAGGUUCUUUGAACCACCGUGGGUUUACACAGUUGACAGCUCUCUCACGGAGGAGAAGGUGAAGAGCGCUUGGGAGCAGCUCGUGGGUGCUCACGAUAUACUGCGAACUACUUUCGCGUGUGGUGGUAAUGGUCAAGAUCUAUUCCAGGUGACACUCAAUUGGGAGUGGUCACCUUCAAAGCACUUCUCGGUCAUUCGGGACUCGUCGCAGACCAUCGAGAGCCUGAUUCACGAGCAUGUUGGCGAGCAGAACCUCCAAGUGUCUGACUUGAAGGAACCACCAGCGAGGUUCUCGUUCUUCGAAUCUUCAAAUGGCAAAGCAGUCGUGCUAAGACUUCAUCACGCUCUGUACGAUGGAUGGAGCAUCAAAAUGAUUGAGAAUGACCUCGGCCAGCUGUUGGGUUCUGGCAAGCUCACGGGCGAGCAUCAACCGCUUGUACGUGUGAUCGAGCAAGUCAACAACGUCAGGCAGCCCGAAGCCGAAGUCGAAUACUGGAGACAGUACCUGUCUCGCGCUGAGGACACUAUCUUCGGUCCUGGCAAUGCCGCGACGGCCUCUCCUCUUGGUCCGCAAUUCAAGUCAACCUUCGCGACUAAGCUUGCGCCAUACACAAUUGACUAUCUUUCGCAGCGAAGUAACUCGGAGGUCUCUGCAGCCAUUAUCCUCGCCUACGCUAGGGCUCUGCAUCAGAGAACGAUGAACACGACAAAACCGACAUUUGGUCUGAACCAUGCUUCAAGGUCUCUUUCAUCACGCGACGGAUCGCAAACGCUUGACUUGACAACUUCCAGUCUACCAACACUCACUGUGACGCCGCUCUCCGUGGACCAGGACAUGGUGACUCAAGAUCAGCUUAGUUCUGUCCAGGACCAUCUUGCUCAGCUUACUUGCUUUGCACAAGCAGAUGGUAUCUCGAAGAUGAGCCCUGCGUUCAAUACAUACCUCAACAUCAUUCACCGCAAGGAAUUAGCGCAGUCAGAAGAAAGCGAAACAGCUCUUCAGAGAUACAGACUUCCCGAGUCGCUUGCUUCGAGUUACUUUACCACUACGGAACCGUCGUCUACUGUGUCUACCAUUGAUCAGCUCGAUGCGAGUCACUUGUGUGCGCACCGCUUGUUCUUCAAUGUCAUUGUUGGUCAGGACAGGGAGGUCAAGAUUACCGUCAGCGCUGAUGAAGGACUCCUGGCUGGAGACCGUGGUACGAUUGAUCGCCUGGUGCAUUGCUUCGAUGAGAAUCUGGAUGUGGUUGUGGGUGAGAUAGAAUAG